CUUCGUUCUGACCUCUCUGCAGAACUUCAAGAUUUGCCCCGAGAAGUCUUUGCUGUUGAUCCAACCGAUACAAGUCAAACUCCAAACACAGAGGUUCUCUACAGGUGCAGGAAAUGCAGGCGCGCCCUGUUCCGUAGGUCCAGCGUUCUGUCCCACGCGGAAGGGAGCGGAGCGGCAGCCUUUGCCCACAAGAGGAUACCGGACCCCGCUCAGCGGCGUGGCGGCGAGCAGUGCACCUCCUACUUCACGGAGCCGGUGCAGUGGAUGGAGCCCGCGCUGCUCGGCGUGAUGGAGGGACAGCUUCUGUGUCCCAAGUGCACGUCGAAGCUGGGCUCCUUCAGCUGGUGGGGCGAGCAGUGUUCCUGCGGCCGCUGGGUGACACCUGCCUUCCAGAUCCACAAAAGCCGAGUGGAUGAAGUGAGGAUGCUGCCAGUUGGUACCUUCCGAGCUGCCAAAACCUGA